GAAGUUAAAUUGUGUGUUAUUUUAUUAAUUUAUUGCGUGUUGAAGAGCUUGUGGUGGAGGAGUUAAGCUAACCCCGUCGCCGGGUUUUGGUUUUGACCGUAGUAACUGGGCGUGGCAGGAAUCUCGGAUGGGCGGGACUUAACGAGAACAUGACUCGCCUUGUUGAAUCCCACAGGGGGAGGACGGCUUGGGUGGUGCGGCUGUGACCCGUGCUCGCCGCCCUUUCUGUCGGGACAAUUACACAGCUCAGUCUUUUUCCUCCGCGUCCCGGGCCACCGGGUCCCCUGCCGUGACGGUUUACGCGCAAUGAGUAUCGAGACACUUUUGGAGGCUGCCAGAUACCUGGAAUGGCAAGCCCAGCAGCAGCAACAAAUUAAGCACGCAGACAAAGAGCAAUGUAAAGAGAAGGACCUCAUCAGCACAGAGGCUGAAUCGAGGCGUGCAGAGAUUGUCGCUUCGCCUCAAGCUGUAAGAACCAACCAUGUUCCUUGGAGCGAUGACACCCACAGUCAACAGCCACAUCACCCUACUGCCCCUCCAGCACCCUCUCUUCCGCCUCCUCAAGUCCCCAUUGCUGUCAUCCCAAUGGUCCCAGUUGUCACCGCAAUGCCCUCUGUCCCGCCCUUACCACUCUCAACACCUAUAGCUGCCGCCGUGACGUCACUGAACAGCCCCCCGCCAGUCAAGAAAGAGGGCGCUUCCUCGCCUCCCCAGCUGCAGCAGCAGACGCCUCAUCACCUCUUGUGCUCCCCCCAAAUCAAAGUAGAAGGUGCUCAACAGCUCGUUGAUGUGAAGUCCGGUCUGUCGCAGCCUCAAGUUCAGAUCCAGUUCCCAGCACCAAUCAACACUAACGGUUCUGGUUCUCAUCACGCCCACCAAGCUCCGCCGACAUGUCAGCAACGGCCCAACGGCGUGACGCUAGAGGACAUGAGAAGUUUGGAAGGGAAGAGGAGACCAGGAGGGGCGGGGACCAGAGAGGUGCAUAACAAACUAGAGAAGAACAGGAGAGCACACCUCAAGGAGUGCUUUGAGACACUGAAGAAGAACGUUCCAAAUGUUGAUGAGAAGAAAACAUCUAACCUCAGUGUCCUACGGAGCGCAUUACGAUACAUACAGACAUCUAACAUUGCACACGAAGCUUUGACAGGAGGCACACCCUGCAGAAAGUCAUUAAAGUGGGAAGAGACUCUGAAGCGCAAAGAGAAGGAGUACGAGCAUGAGAUGGAGCGUCUGGCCAGGGAGAAGAUCGCCACACAGCAGCGGCUGGCCGAGCUGAAGAACGAGCUGGGCCAGUGCAUGGACGUCAUGGAGAUCGACAGAGUCCUCAGACAGACCAUCCAGCCUGAGGAUGACCAGGCCUCCACAUCCACGGCGUCAGAAGGAGAAGACAACUUUGAGCAGGACAUGGAGGAGGACGCCCCGCCCGCUCCCAUAUCCCUGCCCAAACAGGCCGCUCCUCCCAUCCUACAAGCGCAGCCGAUCCUCACCCCUCAUUUAUCCAUCCAGCACGCCACUCUUCCUCUGUCUGGAAUCCUCAGCACCCCUUCCCCCUCUGGCCCCCCUCCCCCUCAAGCCAUCGCCCCCGCUCCAGUCACAGGACCUCCCCCGCCACCUCAGACGCUGUCACACCGCAUCCAGCCCUCGCCAAUGCAGGUCCAGCCCACCGUCAUCGCUCACGCCGCCGUCUCCCACCCGUCAGUCAUCCAAGCCGUCAGUCAUACCCUUCAAGCCAAUCACAAACACCUCACCCACAUCGCCCCCUCACCCGGACCCACCCCCUCCACCCCUCAGCCAAUCACGGCCGCUCCGGCUGUCCCCGUCACCGCCACGCACCAGCAGAUCGCUGCCCAGCCCAUCGGACACAUCACCGUCCAUCCGGUGGCUCACAUCGGAGCGCCGCUGACAUCCCACCUCCCGGCUCUCUACUCCCAGGGGGUGUCGGUCUCCCAGCCCACCAUGGUGGGCCACAUCACCCACACCUUCACCCACCACACGCUGCCGCACGUUCAAGCUAACCCUCAAGCCAACACUAACGGAGCCCAGGUGAACAGCGCCGUGGUGAGCCAGGGGAACCCGUCGCUAGGAAAGCCCACUGCGGUGCUGGCCCCACACACCCAGCUGGUGGGGCAGGCUACUGUCCUCAACCCCGUCACCAUGGUAACGGUUCCAACCUUUCCUGUCAGCACACUCAAACUGGCGUGAAGAAAGAAAAGAAAUGGAUUGACUUGCAAACAUUCAAAGCUUUUGGAGAUCGUGAAACUCUCCAGUUUCAGUAAAUUAACUGAAAAACAAAAAUCUAGGAUUUUUUUCUUCUUUUUCAUCAAGAACAAAGAACACGAAAGCAGCUUCAUCCGUGGGUCGGACCAUUGUCUGAAAGAAUGAAAAUUUGACUUUUGCCUCAACUGCCAAGGCAGGAACUCUGACCCUUCUUCCUUUUCCUCCUCUGCAAACAGAAGCACUAACAUUAUAAGCUUAUUUCACUCUCAGGCAUCAGAGUUACCUUUAACAUUCAUUCAUUCACUCAUUCAUUUGGGUUUCUGUUUGGGGUUGCUCCUGUGGUGAAAACCCAUCAGUCUUCUCGUGUUGGACGUUGAUGUGGCAACAAAUGAGGCGUUUUUUAAGUAGAUUGCACUUAAAUGAUCAAGAUUGGAAAGAAAAGUUUACUUCUUUUUUCUUUUAUUCUUUGCUUUUGCUUCAUUUUGUUAUUUUUUUAGAAAAAAUAAUUAUUGGAUAUUAUUAAAUCUGAGCAUCAGGAAGGUGAAAAUGUUUUAUUUUCAGAAAUGUUUAGGGGGUCUGGGAACACGUUCUGUAGGAAAGCAUCAAAGCAAAGAGUUUAUAAGAGAAUAUUAAAAAUUUAAACUCAGUAGUUUGAUGUAAACAACAAGCAAAAAAGUGGCACAGAAAGUCGAGCGCUCAUCCUAAAUCUGAUCUGUAACACUGUGUUGAAGGGAGGCGAAUGCGUCCAUCUUUUAUCCGAUGCAACAGCGCCCCCUGCUGCCUUAUCUUAGACACAUCUGGAAAACACAUUUCUUAAAAAAAGGAAACCUGCUUUAAAAUUGUACUUUUAAUAAAGUAUAAUCAUUGGUAAAUUUGGUCGAAAACACUUCAAAGCUGCUGAUGAAAUGUUUGUCUACGUCGCCCCUUCACCUGCAUCUGCUGUCUGUAGGUUUUAUGUCCAAAUGUGAGCAUACGUUUUAUAUAUUCUGUACUAUAAUUAAUGUUUUUCUUGUAGCAUGACAAUUUUAUUUUGUUAUGCAGUUUGCCCUCUGCAUGAUGGUGUGUGUGUGUGUGUGUGUGUGGCUACUGGCAGUUUAUUUUUUUACACAAAGAUAAUUUAUGAGACGAGCCUGUUGGGAUGUUGUGGUGUGUGCCUAUACUCAGUUUCCCUGAACACUGUGACAACUUUGGCAAAUCACAUAAUGAAUGGAAGAGAAAGAGUUUGUGGACUGAGCCAUGGAGUGGAAAAGUAAAAUAUUAUCCUUUUCUUGACACAAAAUAAUGAUGUCUAAUAUUAAAAUUCAGUUCUGUAGUAUGAAAGUUUUGUAAAUCUGUGAUUGUACGCAUGUCUCCGCAUUUGAGUGAAAUGCUUAUUUCUGUUUGAUUCUUUUGUUUUGCAUGUAAGUUGCAUUUUUGAUCUUUUUGAGCUUUUUUUUAUGGUUGUUUUUGGGACCAUGUACAAUACUGUAUAAUGUGGGCAGAAUCCUGGACCUCAUGCUACAUUGAUAUUAUAUAUGAAUAUAAAAAUAUGUUUUCCCUAUGGAGAAAGUUUUAAGUUAUAUAUCGCCUGUACUCUUUGGGCUGCCUUUUAGAUCUAACUGUCCACUGUUCAAGAUAACAAUGAUGAUGAUGGAGCAUUAUGCUGAUGGAAUAAUGAAGAUUCUUAAUAAAUCUUAUUACAUUUACA